UUUGUUCAGUACUUCUUACCUUCUUCACAGUGUGAACGGUUUUUUUGAUUCAAAAUCCAAAAUUAUAGUUAUUCGAGUUUUGAAAUGGGAGACAGAUUAAUUGAUAUUCCAAUUGACGAUUUGCCGCUAUUAAGAGAUUUAUAUAAAAUUGAUUGGCCUAAAUAUAGCAUCGGCUAUGGUACAGUAGAUACCUAUGUAAGAUGGUUAAACCAAGAUCCCAAGAUUCCACAUUUGAGGAUUUUGUCACUGAAUGGCGAUUGGAGCGAUGGAACUUUCGUUAUUAUUGAUUGGAAUAUGUUGUAUUUCAACACUCUAAAUGCCAAUUUUGAUCGACUCGAGAGGGCUUUAUCGUUGGUGGACUUCAGCAAACAAUAUAAAAUGGGUUCCAUCGGAUCUAGGUUGCUGGACAUGGUGCAUAAAUUCAUCAAAGAUCACAAACUUGAUGUCAAAAUUAUACCUGGAACCAAAUGGUUGCGGAUGCCUCAGGCCGAAGCAUCUAAAAUAGUUGUUAAUUGCCCUGAAGGGAUAACACUCAAACCGCUAUCAGAAAAGGAUGCGGUAAAAGCCAAUGAAUUGUGGCCCUUCAAGUGUCCUGGAUCUGCGACAUAUCUAAAGCGUCUAGCUAAGUACAACCUCAGCAUUGGAGCGUUUACAAGCGAAGGAGAGCUAAUCGCAUGGUGCUUCAGAAUUCCAGCAGGAAGUCUUGGCACUCUCCAAGUAGUAGAUUCACAAAAACGAAAAGGAUAUGGAAGUCUUACGGUUCGUGCUAUGGCUAAAACUAUAAGUGACACAGGAUAUGAUGUUUUUGCUCCAGUGGUCAUUGAUAAUAAACCAUCCCUUAAUAUGUUCGAGAAGUUGGGAUUCAAAAUGUGUGACACAAUGCACUGGAUUCAUCCAUCUUACUUUGAAAAUUGGAGUGAUGACGAUGAAGUGUAAUUUGGUAGCUACGGUAUCACCCGGAAUGCAAUAAAUUAUGCUGAUUUUCGACGUC